GAACGGCGUCCGCCCAAACACUUCCUGUUUUGCUUCCCCUGGGUCAAAUCGCGCCGGAUCCGAUCGCAGAUACUGCGCUGUUUCGUCUCGGGCACGUUUCUUGCCUUGACCCUGGCAAUCUACCUCACCCUCUCGCUCACCAAAAACAUCAACAGCAACGAGUUCACAAUCCUGCUGAUCCUGAUCAUCAUGUUCGUCACUAUCUUUUUCUGUCAUAGCCUCAUCCGCCUCUUCAUGCUAGUGGUCAAGGCGCGCAAACGGGACCAGAUGGUGCAGCAGGGCCAGCUUCCGGAGAUGGCGGGCUCUGGCGGCUACGCCAUCCCGGUAGAGCCCAUUCCCGUCGUGCUGGCUCGGGACGAGGAGGCGGCGGGUAUCGGUAGCGAAGCAACCAAAACCGGCCCGCCGGCCUACGGCAUGUGGCGCGAGAGUGUGAGGGUUGAUCCGAAUCGUCUGUACUGGGCACGCAACGAGCAUGCGCAAGGCGAACAGGUGCCAAAUCCUACCAGCUCCAGCGCGUCGGAGAGCACACAGAGCAGCAUUUCCCGCACAACAGUCCCUCGGCCACCAUCGUAUUCAUCGGAUGACGGUGUCAGCUACGUGGUAGAUGCCCGGCCGAGGUCGAUCGCACCGCCGAGAGGGGGUGUCCCUCCAGUGGGGAGCUCGCAUCCUGCUGCCAGUGUGAGCUCAGCGUCUUACUUGGGUAGCUCGCAUCCGGCUGGGAGUGUGAGUUCAGCUUCGUGGGUUUGA